AUGUACGUGAACUUGGAUGACAUCCUGUUCUCAAUCUAUGAGGUCCAGUUUGUUGAUGGACCCACCAUUGCCAGCAGUAGAACUUUUACCUAUUCUGUAAGCAUCUUCCUCACCCCAAAUGUGUCCGAGAAGGUUGAGCCAGGUUCUGUUUUUUUAAGGCCCGGAUAUUUUCGGCUGCCGGUUGCCACGCCGCGGCGCCUGCUCAGUCCUCGGAACCCGGUCCCGGAGCCCCGCUCUCUUUGUGCGGUUGAGCCUCGUCACGGGGACUUAUGUGGGGGAGGCUUUUGUUUUCAGCGCCUCUGCAGGCUUCACUUCACCGGAGGAUGCCAAGACGAGCUGCUGCUGUGCUCCUGCACGGAUAGCGCAGAAAAACACGGCAGAAACACGAGAAUAACACGGUGUCCCGGUUCUGAAGGUCCAGAUCUCUGGGAAACCGGUCGGGACGGUGUUCUGCCAUCACCGCCUGGUUCAGAUAUUGACAUGAAGAAAGACAUUGAGACUCUAAUAGCAGAGGAACGUGCUGACAUCAUCUUAAAAUAUGCUACGGGCAGGCAGGGCGGUGUGGAGAUCGAUCCCUGGGAAGAUGCUGAUUACAGCAUCUAUAAAGCCAUCGACCGCUUUGGCUUCAUGCAUGAGAAUGAGUUGCCGGCCCCAACAGUUCAAGAGGAGAAGCGGAAGCAACUGGAGAUCGAGAGAGCAGAGAAAUGGUUGAAGAUGGUUAAUAAAUGGAACAAAUACAAGAACAGCGACAAGAUGGUUAAACGGAUCUACAAAGGCAUCCCCCUGCAGCUCAGAGGCCCGGCCUGGACGCUGAUGCUGGACGUGGAGCGGAUCAAGAGGGAAAAUGAAGGCAAAUACGAGAAAAUGAAGGAGCAGGCCCAACUGUGUUCCUCAGAGAUCAAACAGAUCGACCUGGACAUUAACAGAACCUUUCGAAACCACAUCAUGUUCAUGGACCGGUUCGGGGUCAAGCAGCAGUCUCUCUUCCAUGUCCUCUCUGCAUAUUCAGUUUACAACACUGAGGUGAGCUACUGCCAGGGCAUGAGUCAGAUCGCUGCCUUGCUGCUGAUGUACAUGAACGAGGAAGAUGCCUUCUGGGCCCUGUCUCAACUGCUGACCAAUGAAAAGCACGCCAUGCAUGGCGUUUUUGUUCCUGGGUUCCCCAAACUUCACAGAUUCCAGGCCCAUCAUGAUCAGAUCCUUUCCAAACUUCUCCCCAAGCUGAAGAAACACAUGGACAAGGAGCAGAUGUCUGCAGGGAUCUACAGCACCAAGUGGUUCAUGCAAUGUUUCAUUGACAGGACGCCGUUCACCAUGACCCUUCGGCUGUGGGACAUUUUCAUUCUGGAGGGAGAGCGGCUCCUCACCGCCAUGUCCUACACCAUCCUGAAGAUACACAAGAAGAGUCUGUUAAAAAUGUCUCUGGAGGAGCUGCGAGAGUUUCUGCAGGAACGAAUCGCUCAGACUUUCCUACACAAUGACGACCUGAUCAUCGAGCAGCUGCAAGUCUCCAUGAUGGAGCUAAGGAAGAUGAAGCUGGACCUUCCUCCUCCAGGCAAGCCUGAGGAGCUGCCUCGGAAACCACUUGGCCAGGAGCUGCCGGUCCUUCUCAGGCCAGUCCAGCCCUCUCAGGGGAGGUCCUCCUCAGCCACUGUGUUCCCCAGAGCUGGCCUUAGUCUCCACAUAAUCUCCCAUCAGCUGGACUCCAUAUUCCCAGAUCAGAGCCCCUCCAAGGACCCCAGGGAUCUGGAGGCUGUGGAGGAGCAGGAGGCCCAGCUGCCCUCUCCAGAUCCUGUCAUCAUCCACAGCCAGGUGCCUCUCACACCUGAGGGCUCUCCACUGAUGGGGCCACCACCUUACCAGCCACCAGGGAGCCCAGCUCAUCCAUUACUGCCAGAAGACCAGGCGAUAGAUACAGCUGCUGACCUCUCAGCUCAGUCCUCCUGCAGAGUCCCUCAGACCCUACCGGCUCCUGUGACCCUGGCAGCAUCUCUGGCUUUGGGUUUGGCUCAUUCUGAGUGCCUAUCUGCAUCAGAAAGUACUGAGGACCGAGACCUGUCCAAGCUGCUGGAACAGGACUUGACUCUGUCCUCCACCAGGAGCACCAACCAGGACCAGGGUGGGGAAGAGGUGGAGAAGAUCCAAACGGAUCAUGAACAUUAGAUUCCUGGUCAAAGGUCAAGUUUGGGUUGAAUGUUUUAAUCUGUAUUGUUUGAGUCACAGUUUCAGGGUUCAGCAAUAAGAGCUUCAGCUCUCAGAAGUUUCUGUUUCUAGACUGAAGCAGGUUUUAAUGGAACUCUUUGGGCUUCUGCAGCAGGUAACGGUUCAGAUGUUCAUGAAGACUCCCACUCCUCCGGUUGUUACAUGUCUUUAUGUCCAGGUCUGUGUCUGGGUUUGGUCCCUAAACAUUGACCUUAACAGCAGGAUCCAUAUUUAUCAAGUGUUUCAGCUUCCUGAGUGGUUUUAGCUAAAGUAGCAGAAUCAUGUGUCUAUUUUAGAGAAACAGUUCUUUGGGUCCUUAUCCAGCUUUAAUUUCUUGAUUUUUUUUUUUUAUGGUCUUCAAAAUGUUUCAUGGAGUUUUCCUACUUUAAAUAAUCAUUUGCAUAAUUCUCCUCAAACAAAUAUGUUGAUAAAACCUGUCAAACAGCAGGUGGGACUAAUCCUUCAGACAGGUGAUAAAUAACAGUAUCGGAAGGUCUGAAGUCAAACCAGAAGAAGACUUCAAAAAGACUUCAGAGAGCUUGUUGUAAAAGCAGGUGAAUGAAAAUCCUUGCAGCACAAGGCUCUAAAGACCUACAUUACAAAGAACUCAUCCAUCGUCUACCCCUGCUUAUCCUUGCAGAGUCACGGGGCGCAGCUGGUUCCUAUCUCCAGUGCUCAUUGGGCGAGAGGCGAUCUAGACCCUGGACAGGUCACCAGGCCAUCACAGGACAGACAACCAUGCACCCAGACUCUCCUAAGGGCCAUCUAGAAAGAAGAGUUAACCAACAGUCAAAGUAGGAGUACCUGGAGAGAACCCACGCAGGCACAGUGAGAACAUGCAAUCUAUGUGCAGCAGGAGAAGAGACAGGACCUUCUUGCUGCAAGGCAACGUUGCUACCAGCUGUUCCACUGUGCAGCCCAUACAUAGAUUUUUAUUGGGUGUGUUUUACACUUCUGGAUUCUGUGCAGGAUGUUGGACUGCUUCCACACAUCAUGUGCAUGAAUGUCAUCUACCUAAACUUUUCUUUUUCCAGGGUAGAGGGUUUGUACAACAAACAAAAUAAUGAUUCUUAAAAAUAAUAAUCUGGAUUUUUUCCUGACAAAAAUAUACGUACAAGCUCAAAUAUAUACAUACACCCCCAGUAAUAAUUGUUUGAAUCUCUUUCAACAAGUUGCACGUUGACCACAUGCUUUCUGUAACAUCAACGAGCUUCUGGCAUCAUUCUGGCUGAAAUUUGACCGCUCUGCUUGGCCGAAUUAGCAGAGUCAAUUCAAUUCAGUUUUAUUUAUAUAGCUCCAAUUCACAACACAUGUUGUCUCAAGGUUCUUCACAACAGUCAGGUUCAUAGAUUCCAUUUAAUCCUAACCAUUGAACAGUUCAGUCAGAUUCAGUUAUUUAUUCAAAUUGGAUUAAAAGUUUUUCUAUCUAAGGAAACCCAGCAGAUUGCAUCCAGUCAGUGACUUGCAGCAUUCACUCCUCCUGGAUGAGCAUGUAGAGACAGUCAUCUGACCCAAAUUGUCCCCCUCUGAUAAAAGAAAAUUGUUAGGAUGUUGAGAAGCACCAAGGAACCGUGAACCGGAAACCUACCAGAAACUGAACUGCUGGAGCACCAGAGUUUCUCUCAACACCGAAUCCAGUUUCACAUCACAUGGACUGAGAGGGUGCUGACCAAGAAAUGAGCCCCUGCUUUUUAAAAUGAUUGAUGUUGUACAACCAGUCCACUCUGGAGAAGGAAAAUCUAUCUUUUAGUAAACGAGUGUGUUUCCACAUGUAACCCCUUUUAAGACCUAAUGAAUGGCUGAGCUGAGAGACACUCGAUGAAUAUGGACCUGAGACCUCACCCUUUACAACACUUAAUUCCACUUUUCCAGAUUUGUAAUGUUGCUUGGUGAAGCAGACCUCCUGCUCAGUCUGCCUUUGUAAACUGUUUACUAGCUCAGUUACAGUUAGAUUUUUAUUUUUUGUGUAUAGUAACGUAUGGAUGCCUUAUUUGGAUUGGCUUCAGUUCUUCUGUGGACGUUGGCGGCGACUUUCAGGUAUUGGACUGAACUCAGAACCUCUGUCACAGUGAGCUGGCUCACUCUUCUGAUUGUACACAUGGAGCUAACUAUAAGGACGUGUUUUUGUAGCUCAGUUAUUUAUGGUUCGAACAACAUCUCUUCUGCUCUUUAUUUCCUCCUAUUAAAUUCAGUUUUAUUUGUUGCCUAGUGAAAAAAUAUUUGGUUUUGAGAUGAUAAAUUAUUUUGUGUUAGAAUCUGACAGAACUGUGAUUAGAAACAAGGAAACACUGACAUCUAGUGGUUGCUUUAGGUUAAGCGCGUCUCCAGUUGUAGAGCUAAAACAAGUAGAAAUAUUCUAGAAGCGUUUUUAGCUUUAAGCUUAAAUUCAGGCCACAAAUUUUCAUUAAUUUCUAUGAUAUGAAUAUGUUUAUGAAAUUUGACUAUUUAAGUGCUAAAAUGUCAAAUUGUCAGUCCAAGUUGCUUCAGUAGAACAUGUUCUUGGUCUUUAUUGUCUUUAAAAAAGAUCCGGUGGUAGAACUUAAAUGGGAACAGUUGAAAAAUCUGAUUUUGCAACAAUAUAACUUGUAUCUGCUUUUA